AUGGGUUGCAUCAUCUCCAAGAAGAAGAGACACCACCAUCAUCAUCAUCAUCAUCAACAAAGGAAGGAACCAUCAGAGAAGCGUUCUUCGAGGAUUGAUGAUUCUAGCCAAAGAAAAGACGAGCAAAGUUGUAGAGAGGCCAAAGAACAGUUCAGUUCUAGUAGGUUUUCUGAGAAACAUCCCGAGAUUUCAGAGAUUGGUGAUACAGAUGAAGAUGAAGACCAAGACACUACACCACAUGAGGAACUAAAGAGACAGCCUAGUGUUGCAGCACAAGUGGAUGCAGGAUGGCCUGCUUGGCUUGUCUCAGUUGCUGGUGAAGCACUUGUUGAUUGGUCUCCACGACGUGCUAGUACCUUUGAGAAACUCGAGAAAAUUGGUCAAGGUACUUAUAGCAGUGUAUACAAGGCACGUGAUCUUAUUAACAACAAGAUCGUUGCACUUAAAAGAGUCCGGUUUGAUCUUAGCGAUUUAGAAAGUGUUAAGUUUAUGGCUAGAGAGAUUAUUGUAAUGAGAAGGCUUGAUCAUCCUAAUGUACUUAAAUUAGAAGGCUUGAUCACUGCCUCUGUUUCAUCUUCUCUUUACUUGGUUUUUGAGUAUAUGGAUCAUGAUCUUGUCGGACUUGCUUCCAUACCUGGUAUCAAGUUCUCUGAGCCUCAGGUAAAAUGUUACAUGAAACAACUUUUAUCUGGACUUCAUCAUUGUCACACUCGCGGUGUUCUGCACCGUGACAUAAAGGGAUCAAAUCUACUGAUUGAUAGUAAUGGAGUUUUGAAGAUAGCAGAUUUCGGUUUAGCUACGUUUUUCGACCCGCAGAACCGUGUUCCGUUGACUAGCCGUGUUGUGACUCUUUGGUAUAGACCACCAGAGCUUCUUCUUGGAGCUUGUCAUUAUGGUGUUGGUGUUGAUUUGUGGAGCACAGGAUGUAUCCUAGGUGAACUAUACUCCGGGAAACCGAUCUUGCCGGGGAAAACAGAGGUGGAGCAACUGCAUAAAAUAUUCAAGCUAUGUGGUUCACCAACAGAAGAUUACUGGAGGAAACUGAAGUUACCACCUUCAGCUGCGUUUAGACCUGCCGUUCCUUACGGACGACGUGUAGCAGAGAUGUUUAAGGACUUGCCCACCAAUGUUCUUUCGCUUAUGGAGGCUUUACUCUCCAUAGAUCCGGACCGGAGAGGCUCUGCAGCUAGAGCUCUUGAGAGUGAGUACUUCAGAACAGAGCCGUUAGCUUGUGAUCCAUCUUCUCUACCAAAAUAUCCUCCAAGCAAAGAGAUUGAUGCUAAACUCCGAGAUGAUGCCAAGAGGCAACAACGUACCACACAGGAGAAGCAUGAGAGACAAGACUCUCAGAUGAGACGAUCACACGAGAGAAAACUUAUCCCACCAGUGAGAGCUAAUCCAUCACUCACAGCGGCUAUGGCUAUGGAGAAUCCUUAUCUAAGAACGUGUGUGCUGGGCAAUUCAGCAAGACAAAUGCAUAUUACAAAGGAGAUGACCAGCAACAAUACAACGAGUGGAAGAGUCUCACACUCUGGUCCGAUGAUGAAAAACCGGUUAAAACACGUGAAGGACAAUGUAGCCCCUAGAAUACCUUGUUCAUACAGAGCAGGAGUAGACACAGUUGGCUCGAAUCAACUCAUCAUUGAUCAGCAAAGGGAGAAUUUGAGAGCAUUCAACAGAGCUGACACUAUGGAUAAUAGUAAAAGACAAAUCAAGAUCCCUAAUGACCCAUCUUGGUAUGAUCCUGAGGAUGAAAAAAUGUACAUGUCGGGUCCAUUGCUGGCUCAGCCAAGUAAAGUGGAUCAGAUGCUGGAAGAACAUGACCGGCAGCUCCAGGAAUUCACCAGACAGAGGGCAAAACAGUCCAGAAACUGAAUCAUGUGUCCGAAAUGAUUUGGUUAAUUUGGCGGGAAGGGACAAAAACAGAACUAGUUUGAGUCUUUUUUUUUGUGUAUCAAGGAAGAGUCUUGUGAUAAGCUUUUAUCUGGUUCCUAGAUUUUGGAAAAAGAAUAUUGUAAUAGAGAUUUAAGAUUGCUGGCUUUAUAAAAAAGCUCAGCUCUGCGUUACAUAGAUGUGUAUAACAUUUAUAUAGACUCAUCAUAGAGUUUGGUCUUUUGUGUAGAUACAUGUAUGUACAUCUCUUCAUAUAUUAUAGAGUUGUGUACAUACACACAAACUUUUCUCCUGUUAUAUUUCUUAAUAGUUAUAAACUUCCAUCCAG